AUGCCUGGUCCCAUCACCACCGAGGGCGAGGCACCUACUACGCCAAAUCACAUCGAACUCGUCGAGGACCCAGAACAUGCCAGCAAGGCAAACGGCCCCAGCAGCCCUCCCUUGACCGACAGCAAGGGCUGGGAUGGCAAGCUGCGCAUAGACCGCAACGCCCUGCUCCAGAAUCCAGAGGCCAUCUCGGAUCCAGAAUACUCGGACGAGGAGAACGUCUUGGUCGGCGACGAGAUCUCUGCGGACGAAGAUCUGCUCGACGGUGAAGACCCCGAAGUUGACGACAUUACCCUUACACACUCGCGGAUCGGCUCCAUCCCUGCGCUCAAACUAGAACGGUUCACAAAAGUCGUGCGUCUCUGCCUGCGACAGAACCUCAUCCAGCACCUGGAAGGCCUGUCUGGCGUGGGCGCGACACUAGAGGAGCUCGAUCUCUAUGACAACCUUAUCUCGCAUAUUCGCGGCCUCGAUGACCUCGUCAACCUGACGUCUCUCGACCUCAGCUUCAACAAGAUCAAGCACAUCAAGCACAUCAGUCAUCUGACCAAGCUCACCGACUUGUACUUCGUGUCGAACAAGAUUAGCACCAUAGAGGGUCUCGACACAUUUGUCAACCUGCGCCAGAUCGAGCUCGGCUCCAACAAGAUCCGCGAGAUCAAGAACCUCGACGCACUCAAGAACCUGGAGGAGCUCUGGCUGGCGAAGAACAAGAUUACAGAGAUCAAGGGCCUCGGCGGACUGCCCAAGUUGAGACUGCUCAGCAUACAGUCCAACCGGAUCAAAGAUCUCUCGCCACUUCGCCAGGUGCCCCAGCUGGAGGAGCUGUACAUCUCCCACAAUGCCCUGGAAUCUCUAGAGGGCCUGGAGGAGAACGUCAACCUGCAGACCCUGGAGGUCUCGAACAAUGCGAUCAAGAGUCUCAAGGGCAUCGGUGGCCUCAAGCUGCUCGAGGAGGUCUGGGCUAGUUACAACCACAUUGCCGAUUUCGCCGACGUUGAACGCGAGCUCAAGGACAAGGAGCACCUCACUACGGUUUACUUUGAGGGUAACCCGCUGCAGCUCAGACAGCCUGCGCUGUAUCGCAACAAGGUCCGCCUGGCCCUGCCGCAGGUCCAGCAGAUCGAUGCCACCUUUGUGAGAGCCUGA